GACUAAAAGUAAUCAAUCUUGUAGUGUACCUUUUUGUGUUUCAACUCGAAGAAGAAACAACCGUAUUUAUCGUUUCAUAGCUUUCCCAAUGAUGAAAAAGCCUUGGAUUUGGGCUAUACGAAGAGAUGAGGGGGCGGCAUUUACAGUGAGGAAGGGUAGCACUGUUGUGUGUGUGCUAUGCACUUCACGGAGGAUGAAGUCCGCGUCCAUCCACAGUCCGGGCGUAAAUUUCUUACACCGCAGGCUGUGCCUUCCAGGUUUUCAUGGAACGACUGGGGAGACGUGAAAUCACGCCAGACACGGAUGGCAAAAAGAGGUGUCUGUGGUGAGCAGGAGGAAGCAGAUGUUGAAAUGGAGAGUGUUGCUACGGCGCUGCCGGUGCAGGAGCAUGAUUUACAACAGCCGCCCUCUUCCGGGUGCUCUUGAUGAGGCACUGGAAAAAAUAAAGGAGCUGGAGGAACUGGUGUCGAGCCUUACCAUCUCUCGAGCUUUGCUGGAUAGAUGGUGUGUGUCUGAUGAAGACUUCAGCCAAACCAGGUGCCCUGUGUCUCCUCUUCUCACUACUUGUCAUCCAGUGCCAUCAUUCUCACCUAUUUCAGUAACAUUAUCAUCCUGCUCACCAGCCAGUAACAUCGGCCAUCACAAGAUCAGUGUAAAAGAAAAUGUAUUGCAAGAAUCUUCAGUCAACAUCAUCCCCAGCAAGGUUUCAUAUAACAGAAGCAGAGAAGAGCUUGUCCUAACCUAGCCUACUUUGUGACACUGUGGUCUAUCUUCUGUAUGAAAAUAUUGCCCACAUUUCUAAGAUCAAUGCCUGAACUAUGAUCAUGGUGUGUGUGUGGAGGAUAGCAAUGCUAUUCAGCCUCUCUGCUUUGGUAGUGGAUCGCAGGUAUGUUUUUAGUCUCCUCAAACUUGAGAAUGACCUCUCAGCCGAUGCAGAAGAUGGAGGGAUUACAAGAAAGAGGUGAAUAAGUUUGCAAACUUCACUGUAGAGUCGACUAGCUUGUCCAAGGCCUUUGAUUUCAUCAAUUACAUCUUGCAUCAUAGCUGUUUGCUGCUUCUUCAUCAACUCAGGUAAUACAUUCAGUUGGUUUUGCAUGCAUAAAGCAUCAUUGUCUGUGCUGAAGUGAGCGGUGACAUUCUCAGAAUCUCAGACCAUCCACCUGACGUUGUGGCUGAGAGGAUCAGGUUCUCAAUUGACUGAUAGAGCUUGAAUGUCUUCUGAUCAAACCUCACAUCAAUUUGAGUGAUCAAAUACCUUCCUUAUGGAUAACACCAGUGACGAUCAGUAUAUCAGGUCUAAUGUAUGUCACUGGUGUUCCUGUGCUGUGUUACUCUACUCUUUUUGUCUGUCACAUUAAAUAAAACAAUCUCCUUAUUUCUUGCAUUCAUUAUUCUUCUGUAACUCUGACUACAUUUUUUUUUGUUUUUGAAAUAUUUCAUAACUUUUAAUAUUGCUAAAUGUGGUAACACCAGUGACAAAAAAAAAGAAAGAUGCGUGUGGUCUUGAAAUAAUUGCACAAAAUAGCUAAAAAAAAUAAAAUAAUAAUUAAGCUGUCAUUUAUAUGUAUUCAUAAAGUCAAAAGAUAACCUAAUAAUGUGGUCUAAGUUUAAAUGUUAUAAAAGAAAUGCAUUUUAAGACAUCUUGCCAUACCAAAAGUGGACGUUUCUGUAGAAUGACCCAUUUUCAGCACACGGACUGGGCAACAUUUAAAUAUCAGUUUUACCAAGAAAUAAACAAUGUUCUCGUCUGUUAUUAUUUGAGUGUAAUUUUCUCUGCACGUUAGUGAUUUUAGAGAGCAGCGUGUAAACGGGACUUUUAUUUUGGUUUGGUGGCAUGACGUCA